AGCGGCAGACCCGUAGCCCUCGGGACAAUUCAGGAGACAUUCGACCCUGUCCAUCUACCCUCCAUCUGUCCGAGGACUCUACCGUCUAUCCACCUAUAGUAUCUCCAGUCUAUCCCUUCCCGGUUUGCUCCCUCUGUCCCAGCCGCCCACCUCCACCACCUUGGCCAGCAAUGACGUCUGGAGAGCCCCUGCACGUCAAGACCCCCAUCCGUGACAGCAUGUCCCUGUCCAAAGUGGCAGGCACCAGCGUCUACCUCAAGAUGGACAGUGCCCAACCGUCAGGCUCCUUCAAGAUCCGGGGCAUUGGACACCUCUGCAAGAUGUGGGCUGAGCAAGGCUGUGAACAUUUCGUCUGCUCCUCAGCGGGCAACGCGGGCAUGGCAGCCGCCUAUGCCGCCAGGAAGCUGAGCAUCCCUGCCACCAUCGUUGUGCCCAGCACCACCCCUGCCCUCACCAUUGAGCGGCUCAAGAAUGAGGGCGCCAUAGUCAAGGUGGUGGGCGAGAUGUUGGACGAAGCCUUCGAGCUGGCCAAGGCCCUGGCAAAGAACAACCCAGGCUGGGUCUACAUUCCUCCCUUUGACGACCCCCUCAUCUGGGAAGGCCACACUUCCAUCGUGAAGGAGCUGAAGGAGACGCUGAGCGCAAAGCCAGGGGCCAUUGCGCUGUCGGUGGGUGGUGGGGGCCUGCUGUGCGGAGUGGUCCAGGGGCUGCAGGAGGUGGGCUGGGGGGACGUGCCCAUCAUCGCCAUGGAGACCGCCGGAGCCCACAGCUUCCAUGCUGCCACCACUGCUGGCAAGCUCGUCUCCCUGCCCCAGGUUACCAGUGUGGCCAAGGCCCUGUGCGUGAAGACCGUGGGGGCUCAGGCCCUGAAGCUGUUUCAGGAGCACCCCAUCUUCUCUGAAGUCAUCUCGGACCAGGAGGCUGUGGCCGCCAUUGAGAAGUUUGUGGAUGACGAGAAGAUCCUGGUGGAGCCUGCCUGUGGGGCAGCCCUGGCCGCCGUGUACAGCCACGUGGUUCAGAAGCUGCAAGGAGAGGGCAAGCUCCGGGCCCCGCUGUCCUCCCUCGUGGUCAUUGUCUGUGGGGGCAGCAACAUCAGUCUGGGCCAGCUGCGGGCCCUCAAGGAACAGCUAGGCAUGAAGAACGGGCUGCCCAAGUGAGGGCCCUUCCCCGCCCAUCUGCCUUCCCUCCCGGGGGCACCCCUGGUGGAGCUGGAGUUUUAUCCAGCACCCCGCUGUAAAUAUUAUCCUUGCGUCUGCCUGGGAACCUGCAGCCUGGACCAGUCAGUUCCCUUCUCGGUCCCACGAGCCCACUGUGCCAAGGGGCUGCAGCUCCAAGGGGGAGCCGGGCCGGCAGCCAGCAAGGCCGUGAACUGAACCUCUCGGGCCUCUGUGCAGCUCUGUGACUGUCCCUAGCCACCGUGGCUGGUGAUGGCCACCUGUGUGUCCCAUACCAGGUCCCCAGCGAGGGUGGGCAGGAGGGACAGGGAUCACAGCAGGAUGGGCCUCCUCCCUGGAAGACGCACAGGGCCGUGGUCCAGGACUGAGAACCACCUGUCCUCUCCCCCAGGAAGCCCAGCCUGGCCCUGCCCACCCCCAGUCAUUUUUUCUAAUUGCAGCUUUUUCAUUGAAAAAGAAAAAAAA